AUGUCAACGCUUCGAGAGAAAUACGAGGAGUCUCGUAGAAGAGCAUAUCGUCCCCGAGAACCCAUCGCUAGGAGGAACAAUUACAAUGAAAUUAAUGGUACUAGAUUUGUACCUAGAGUGAGAAGUCCAAUAUCAUCGACUUCAUUGAAAAGACCAUUGUCCCCCAUAAGAUCAUUGGACACCCUCCCGUUCACUCCAUCGAAAUUGAAAGCUCCUAUAGGUAUCUAUAGACAUACUGGAACCCGUAGAUCGAAAAUUGAUGGAGGUAUUCUACUGAAGAGUAAUCGAUCCAAGAGGCAGAUGCCAGUGUCUGUACUUCAAUCACAGAAAAAGGGAGUAUUACAAAGGUUAGGACAGUUUUUCCUGAGGUUAUGUGGUAAUGAUUCAAUUGGAAAUGAAGAAGAAAUAAAUGAAGGGAUACAAAAGAAAAAAGUUUGGUUUGAAGAUAAAGAUAAGAAUUUAGAAAUUGAACGAGAACAUACAGAAAGGUUAAAGAAAACUUAUGAAGAAGAAUUAAGGAAACUUGAGGAUGAGCUUGACGAGAAGGAAAUGGAAGUAAACACCACAAGAGAACAAUUACGACUCCAAGAAGUGGAACAAGAGAAAAGAGUACAAGAUUUGGAAAGUUCAUUUAUUAGAGAUCAUGAAGCACGACUUGCUGAACAAAGAGAUAAAGAAAAUCAGUUACAACAAGAUCGUCAACGAUUAGAACAAUUAGAGGAGAAAAUCAGGAUUCAACAGAAAGAAUUAAGAGAGAGAACUGAACGUGUAGAGAAAGAAAGAAAAAUACUUAUUGAGCAACAGACAGAUAUUGAAAAUAAACAAAGGAAAUUUCUUGAAUUAGAUCGAAGAAGAUUUGAAAUGUUAAGGAAAAUUAGAAAUGAAAGAAGUAGAGUCAAAUCUAUUGAAAGAGAGAGAGAAAGUGAAAGUGAAAUGUAUAAUGAUUUUGUUACACCAAUACGUUCUAAAAGGCCAGUAUUAUCAGAACUCGAUCCAAGCAAUUCAUUUGCAAAUACUUCAUCUUUUGAAAAGUUCAAAUCAGAUACUAGUAACAUCUUAGUUCGAGAAAAACAUGAAUUGAUAAAAGAGUUUGAAGAAAAUGAAAAUCAAAGAGUUAAAUUUUUCGAAACAGUUACAAAUAUUUCAACUUCAGUUACCGCUAAACAAAGCAACAAUAAUGAUAAAUUAUUAUCUAAUCUUGAGCAAUUAUUGAAAAAUCUAGAUAAGAAUAGUAAAUUACAAUCUAGAACUCAAAACUACAAAUCGAUAGAAACGAAAUUAAAUGAAUAUUUAAUAAUGUUUGAGAAUUCCAAACACUCUAGAAAUGAAAAUAGAACGGCACUCGAAUCAUUGUUUAAUAAAUUAGAGAAAAAUUUGAGUAUUACCUUUGAAAAACGGAAGAAUGGGGUUAAGGAGUUGAAUCAUGAGAUUUUCAAUAUCAACUUAAUGUUAGCUGACCCUGAAACAGCAUCCAGGGUAGUAACGAACGAAUCAUCUACUUGUGUAAGGUUUCUGGCAUAUUAUGAACGGAAGGGGUUACUACUCGGAGAAAUGAUUAAAAUCAACAGGAUAUUAAUAAUGUUGGAAUAUUUAAAUCAAUUGAUAAGGAAAAAAGAAGAUUAUCUAGGAUUGAAAGAUCUAGAAUUGAUAACAACAUCCACGCCAAGAUAUAUGGACGAAGGCUAUGAAAGACCUUUUUCGUUAUCGCCAAUUGACGUCAGUGGUUAUUUUGUAGACAUGCCUUCUACGUGA